GUUUUGACAUUUGCGAAAAGUACAUGAGAAUUGAGGAUUGGAUUGUAAAUCUCACGUGUGGAUAUUAAAAAAAUUAACGCCGAAGGAUCCUUGGAGAUUUCUGGAAUUUUAGUACAACGCCUGCCUUUCCAUCAUGAGUGACGAUUAUUUGAGCAAACCUCUGUCCCUGACACCCACCACCGGACAUGAUGAACCUCGGCCAAUGCGCUCAAAUGUCACAUCUGCUUCCACAACAUUUGGUGCACCCAUAUCACCUUAUUUAAACUAUGACCCGCGUUUUUUACAACAAGCCCAGCCAGAAUUUAUAUUUCCCGAGGGUGCGACAAAACAAAGAGGUCGUUUUGAAUUAGCCUUCUCCCAAAUUGGAAGCUCUGUUAUGAUUGGAGCUGGUAUUGGAGGUGUAGCUGGAUUUUACAAUGGCAUGAGGACUACUAAAGCCUUGCAACAGACCGGAAAGUUAUGGCGAACGCAAAUGCUAAAUCAUGUUAUGAAGCAGGGAUCUGGCACAGCAAACACUUUGGGAACUUUAGCUGUAAUGUAUUCCGGUUUUGGUGUCCUGCUUCAAGCUGUACGAGGAGAGGAUGAUGACAUAAAUACCGUUGUUGCCGGCACAGCUACUGGUCUUCUAUACAAAUCGACAGCCGGUUUAAGAAAAUGCGCAUUUGGAGGCGCUGUAGGUUUGGGCAUAUCUGGCCUUUACUGCGUGUUACAAAUGGCUCGAGCGAAUGCUGCUUCAAAUGGUAAUUCCGGCUUGAAAUUCCUUUAAGGAUACUUGCCAUAUUUAAGUGUUUCAUACUAUACUUGGUCCUUCCUCUCUUUUAGGACUUUAAAUAAGUCAUCAUUUAACUAGCAAAUCUUAAGGGAAAUUCUACUUUUAAUUUUCUUAUUUGAAAUGCUAUACUCCACAUUACAAAUGCUUUUCUGAUAGCAUCGACAUGUAAAUUUGCGUUAAGCUUUAGUUAUAUAUGUUAAGUUUAUCACACACACCUAACAAUAACAAAUGGAGGAAUCCAGGAAUAUAGUAUAUCUGGAAGUUCGACUUACGAAAUUCUCUUUUGUAUAUUUUUAAUGUAAUUUCAGACCUUUUAAUGUAAGUAACUUAAAAUAAAUAUUUAAUUGGAA